GAAAAAGUAGAAUAUGCCUUCCUGAUAAUUUUUACAGUUGAAACAUUUUUGAAGAUUAUAGCAUAUGGACUAUUAUUACACCCCAAUGCGUAUGUUAGAAAUGGAUGGAAUUUAUUGGAUUUUGUAAUAGUAGUAGUAGGAUUAUUUAGUGUAAUAUUGGAACAAUUAACCAAAGAAACAGAAGGUGGCAGCCACUCAGGUGGCAAACCUGGUGGCUUUGAUGUCAAAGCCCUAAGAGCCUUUCGUGUAUUGCGACCUCUCCGGCUUGUAUCAGGAGUGCCCAGUUUACAAGUUGUCCUGAACUCCAUUAUAAAAGCCAUGGUCCCCCUCCUCCAUAUUGCCCUUUUGGUAUUGUUUGUAAUCAUAAUCUAUGCUAUUAUAGGAUUGGAACUUUUUAUUGGAAAAAUGCACAAAUCUUGUUUUCUUAUUGAUUCAGAUAUCCUUGUUGAAGAAGAUCCAGCACCUUGUGCAUUCUCAGGGAAUGGACGUCAGUGUGUCAUGAACGGCACUGAAUGUAAGGGUGGAUGGGUUGGACCAAAUGGAGGCAUAACCAACUUUGAUAAUUUUGCAUUUGCAAUGUUGACUGUCUUCCAGUGUAUAACCAUGGAAGGAUGGACUGAUGUGUUAUACUGGGUAAAUGAUGCAAUAGGAUGUGAAUGGCCAUGGAUCUAUUUUGUUAGUCUUAUCAUCCUUGGCUCAUUUUUCGUACUUAACCUGGUUCUUGGUGUACUUAGUGGAGAAUUUUCCAAGGAAAGAGAAAAAGCAAAGGCCCGAGGGGACUUUCAGAAGCUACGUGAAAAACAGCAGCUUGAGGAAGAUCUGAAGGGAUAUUUAGACUGGAUUACACAGGCAGAAGACAUUGACCCUGAGAAUGAUGAAGAGGUUGAUGAAGAAGGCAAGCGGAACAGGGUUACAUUGGCUGACUUAAUGGAAGAAAAGAAGAAAAGCAGACUUAGUUGCUUUGGCCAUUCUUCCAAUAAACAUGCAAGCAUGCCCACCAGUGAAACUGAAUCAGUGAACACAGAGAAUGUGAGUGGAGAAGGAGAGAACCCAGCGUGCUGUGGGAGUUUAUGUCAAACCAUCUCAAAAUCCAAGUUCAGUCGACGCUGGCGUCGCUGGAAUCGAUUUAAUCGAAGGAAAUGUAGAGCUGCCGUAAAAUCUGUCACAUUUUAUUGGCUUGUUAUUGUCUUGGUCUUUCUGAACACAUUAACUAUCUCAUCGGAGCAUUAUAAUCAACCUGACUGGCUGACCCAGAUCCAAGAUAUCGCAAAUAAAGUUCUUCUGGCUUUAUUCACCUGUGAAAUGUUAGUAAAGAUGUACAGCCUGGGCCUACAGGCUUAUUUUGUUUCUCUUUUUAACCGCUUUGAUUGCUUCGUUGUUUGUGGUGGCAUUGUUGAAACCAUUUUGGUGGAGUUGGAAAUUAUGUCACCUCUUGGAAUUUCAGUGUUUCGCUGUGUUCGUCUCCUGCGUAUUUUUAAAGUAACAAGGCACUGGGCAUCCCUGAGCAACUUGGUAGCAUCCUUGUUAAACUCAAUGAAGUCCAUUGCUUCACUGUUGCUUCUGCUUUUCCUCUUCAUCAUAAUCUUCUCGUUGCUUGGAAUGCAGCUGUUUGGAGGCAAAUUUAAUUUUGAUGAAACUCAAACAAAACGGAGCACCUUCGAUAAUUUUCCACAAGCUCUUUUAACUGUAUUCCAGAUUCUAACAGGUGAAGACUGGAAUGCUGUUAUGUAUGAUGGCAUAAUGGCAUAUGGUGGCCCAUCAUCGUCAGGCAUGAUAGUCUGUAUAUAUUUCAUUAUCCUCUUCAUCUGUGGUAACUAUAUCUUGCUAAAUGUCUUCUUGGCCAUUGCUGUGGAUAACUUGGCAGACGCUGAGAGUCUAAAUACAGCUCAGAAAGAAGAAGCUGAAGAAAAGGAAAGGAAAAAGAAUGCAAGAAAAGAGAGUCUGGAAAAUAAAAAAAGUGAGAAGUCAGAAGGUGACCAAAAGAAGCCCAAGGAUAGUAAGGUUACAAUUGGUGAAUAUGGAGAAGGAGAGGAUGAGGAUAAAGAUCCCUAUCCACCCUGUGAUGUACCAGUAGGUGAAGAUGAAGAAGAUGAGGAGGAUGAACCAGAGGUACCAGCAGGCCCACGUCCUCGUAGAAUAUCAGAACUAAAUAUGAAGGAGAAGAUAACACCGAUCCCUGAAGGGAGUGCCUUCUUCAUUUUCAGCAGCACUAAUCCAAUUCGAGUGGGAUGCCACAGACUCAUCAAUCACCACAUCUUUACCAAUCUUAUCCUUGUCUUCAUCAUGCUGAGCAGUGUUUCCCUAGCAGCAGAAGAUCCAAUUCGCAGCCACUCUUUUCGAAAUAAUAUCCUAGGGUAUGCAGAUUAUGUCUUCACUAGUAUGUUUACAUUUGAGAUCAUUUUGAAGAUGACAGCUUUUGGAGCAUUCCUUCAUAAAGGGUCCUUCUGCAGGAAUUAUUUUAAUUUGCUGGAUUUGCUGGUUGUGGGUGUUUCUCUGGUAUCAUUUGGUAUUCAAUCAAGUGCUAUCUCAGUUGUGAAGAUCCUCAGAGUUUUAAGAGUCUUGAGGCCUCUAAGGGCAAUAAACAGAGCAAAAGGACUUAAGCAUGUUGUUCAAUGUGUCUUUGUGGCUAUUAGAACUAUUGGUAAUAUCAUGAUUGUUACAACUCUGCUGCAGUUCAUGUUUGCUUGUAUUGGAGUGCAGCUGUUCAAGGUGAGUAGAGACUCUCAAAAUUGACACUGCAUCAAGAAAAGCAAAGCUGAGUUGAAUUCUUGUUUGUUUCUUUCCCACAGAGGGAUAUACAUCGUUUAUAAAGAUGGAGAUGUUGAUAAUCCAAUGGUCAAAGAGAGGGUCUGGCAGAAUAGUGAUUUCAACUUUGAUAAUGUUCUGUCUGCUAUGAUGGCCCUCUUUACAGUAUCCACUUUUGAAGGCUGGCCAGCGCUGCUAUACAAAGCCAUUGAUUCAAAUGGCGAGAAUGUAGGACCUGUAUACAACUAUAGAGUGGAGAUCUCCAUUUUUUUCAUCAUCUAUAUCAUCAUUAUUGCUUUCUUUAUGAUGAACAUAUUUGUUGGUUUUGUGAUUGUUACAUUCCAAGAACAGGGAGAACAAGAGUAUAAGAACUGUGAGCUGGACAAAAAUCAGCGUCAGUGUGUAGAAUAUGCCUUGAAGGCACGUCCUCUUCGUAGAUAUAUUCCAAAAAAUCCUUACCAGUACAAGUUCUGGUAUGUGGUGAAUUCUACUGGAUUUGAAUACAUCAUGUUUGUUCUCAUCAUGCUGAACACACUUUGCUUGGCUAUGCAGCACUAUGGACAGUCUAAGCUCUUUAAUGAUGCAAUGGACAUUAUGAAUAUGGUUUUCACAGGAGUGUUCACUGUUGAAAUGGUUUUGAAACUGAUUGCAUUCAAACCCAAGAUUUUUGUAAGAAAAAAGGAAAGAUGGCUAGGCUAUUUUAGUGAUGCCUGGAAUACGUUUGACUCCCUCAUCGUUAUUGGCAGCAUAGUAGACGUCGUUCUCAGUGAAGCUGAUCCAAAGCCAACUGAAACAGUCACAACUGAUGAGUCUGGGAACUCUGAAGACAGCGCUAGAAUCUCCAUCACUUUUUUCCGUCUCUUCCGGGUCAUGAGGUUGGUGAAGCUGCUUAGCAGAGGAGAAGGAAUCAGAACUUUACUGUGGACAUUUAUUAAGUCAUUUCAGGCUCUGCCUUACGUUGCCCUUCUGAUAGCCAUGCUGUUCUUCAUCUAUGCUGUCAUUGGAAUGCAGGUAUUUGGAAAAGUGGCCAUGAGGGACAACAAUCAAAUAAACAGAAACAACAAUUUUCAGACUUUCCCCCAAGCUGUGCUGCUUCUCUUCAGGUGUGCAACUGGAGAAGCCUGGCAGGAAAUCAUGCUGGCAUGUUUGCCUGGAAAACGCUGUGAUCCAGAAUCCGAUUAUAAUCCAGGGGAAGAAUACACAUGUGGAAGCAAUUUUGCCAUCAUUUAUUUUAUCAGUUUUUAUAUGCUUUGUGCAUUUUUGAUUAUAAACUUAUUUGUGGCUGUCAUUAUGGAUAAUUUUGAUUAUUUGACACGUGACUGGUCUAUUCUGGGUCCCCAUCAUUUGGAUGAGUUCAAAAGGAUUUGGUCAGAAUAUGACCCUGAAGCAAAGGGAAGGAUAAAGCAUCUUGAUGUGGUUACAUUACUGAGACGCAUUCAGCCACCACUUGGUUUUGGCAAAUUAUGCCCUCACCGAGUGGCCUGCAAGAGGUUAGUAGCCAUGAAUAUGCCACUAAACAGUGAUGGAACCGUCAUGUUCAAUGCUACUUUGUUUGCUUUGGUUAGGACUGCUCUGAAGAUAAAAACAGAAGGUAACCUAGAGCAAGCAAAUGAAGAACUUAGAGCAGUUAUAAAGAAAAUAUGGAAGAAAACAAGCAUGAAAUUACUUGACCAAGUUGUCCCUCCAGCUGGCGAUGAUGAGGUAACCGUGGGGAAGUUCUAUGCCACCUUCCUGAUACAGGACUACUUUAGGAAAUUCAAGAAACGCAAAGAACAAGGACUGGUGGGGAAAUAUCCUGCGAAGAAUACCACGAUUGCUCUGCAGGCAGGACUAAGGACACUUCAUGAUAUUGGCCCUGAAAUACGCCGAGCUAUAUCCUGUGACUUGCAAGAUGAUGAACCAGAGGAAAACAAUCCAGAGGAGGAGGAAGAUGUUUAUAAAAGGAAUGGUGCCCUCUUUGGCAACCACAUAAACCAUAUUAGCAGUGACAGACGAGACUCAUUUCAACAGAUCAACACCACACACCGUCCCUUACAUGUUCAACGACCUUCGAUUCCGUCUGCAAGUGAUACUGAGAAAAAUAUAUAUGCUCAGGCAGGAAAUUCUGUAUACCACAAUCAUCAUAAUCACAACUCGGUAGGAAAGCAAGUUCCAAACUCAACAAAUGCCAAUCUCAAUAAUGCCAACGUGUCCAAAGUUGUUCAUGGAAAACACACAAAUUUCAGAAAUCAUGAGCAUAGAUCUGAAAACGGUUACCAUUCAUACUCCAGAACUGAUCAUGAGAAGCGCAGAAGGCCAAGCAGUAGGAGAACCCGCUACUAUGAAACAUACAUUAGAUCUGACUCUGGUGAUGGGCGUCGACCUACUAUUUGCCGUGAAGAACGUGAAGUUCAAGACUAUUGCAAUGAUGAUUGUUAUUUGGGAGAGCAGGAAUAUUUUAGUGGAGAAGAAUAUUAUGAGGAAGACAGUAUGUUGUCAGGAAGCAGGCAUAUCUAUGAUUAUCACUGUAGAUAUCACUGCCAUGACUCAGAUUUUGAGAGACCCAAAGGUUACCAUCACCCACAUGGGUUUUUUGAGGAAGAUGAUUCACAGAUCUGUUAUGAUACAAAAAGAUCUCCUAGGAGACGGCUGCUACCUCCAACACCAACACCAAAUAGACGAUCUUCCUUUAACUUCGAAUGCCUCCGCCGACAAAGUAGUCAAGAUGACAUACCACUGUCUCCUAAUUUCCACCAUCGCACUGCUUUACCACUUCACUUAAUGCAACAGCAGGUCAUGGCUGUUGCAGGUCUGGAUUCCAGCAAAGCUCAUAAACAUUCACCAAGUCGUUCAACGCGUUCCUGGGCUACCCCACCUGCAACCCCUCCCAACAGGGACCGUACUCCAUAUUACACACCUCUAAUCCAGGUUGAUAGGGCUGAAUCUACAGGCCAUAUGAAUGGUAGCCUGCCUUCCUUGCAUAGGAGCUCUUGGUACACCGAUGACCCUGAUAUUUCCUACCGAACAUUUACACCAGCCAAUUUAACUGUACCUAAUGACUUCAGGCAUAAACAUAGUGACAAACAGAGGAGUGCAGACAGUUUGGUAGAAGCGGUACUUAUAUCUGAAGGCCUAGGAAGGUAUGCAAAGGACCCUAAAUUUGUUUCAGCUACAAAACAUGAGAUUGCUGAUGCCUGUGACAUGACUAUUGAUGAGAUGGAAAGUGCGGCAAGUAAUCUUCUUAAUGGAAAUAUUAGCAACGGGACCAACGGGGAUAUGUUUCCCAUUUUAAGCAGGCAAGAUUAUGAACUUCAAGAUUUUGGUCCUGGCUACAGUGAUGAAGAACCAGAAACGGGACGAUAUGAAGAAGACUUAGCUGAUGAAAUGAUAUGCAUUACAAGCUUAUAGUAUUUAGCAAGGAAAAUAAUUCUAAUAACAGAAAAAGUGCCUCAUAGUUUAAAGAUGCUAGGCACUAGCUGGAGUGAAUAACCAAUCAAGUUUUGUACAAGUGAUGUCACACCUCAAGGAAGCCAUAACUAAUAAAUUUAUUAUCUCCAGGUUGCCGAAAUGUGAUCAGAGCUGCAGUCUGUCAAGUCUCCUCCCACAGAAUCUUCAGUUCCUCUGUAGGAAUGAGGUUAUUUUGAAACUAAGCAGAUUGUGACAGUCAGUUUUUGAGGGCUAGAGCGGGAUUCUGAGGUGUAGUAUCUUGCCUGUCUUUCAACCUUGUGCUGCUGUCCUUCAUAGUAGAGCAGGAUUUUGGCAAUGAAUAUGUCUGUAUAAGUCUGGCACAAAAUUGUGUGGGAAAUAGCAACAUGAGAUGGGUGAUGACAACCAAUAAUGUCAUUACCUCAGUACUCAAUAGCAUAUCAGCUACCUGUUGCAUAUCCAUUCUAGCGUUGUUUUCAAGCUUGUCUCCUGAUUUCUUUUCUUAAUGCUCUUCUAAAAUACAGUUUGUCAUGCUCUACCUGUUAGAGAUUGUUGGAAAAAGAAGUUAUAUAAAGAAUAAUCUGUCAUAUGUAACACCAGUUUACAUAGGAAAAUAUCACUCAGAUAGUCUGUUUUAUGACUAUCACGUUAAGGGCAAAAUAUACUGGAAUAAUUGCAUUCUUACUAAUGCACUUGCAACCAGGUUAUAGUAGAAUUAGAUUAAGAUAGUUUGCUAAAAAUUAUAUAGUAGAAAUUAUUGUAAAUGAAUUGUAAUAUACAAUGAUUUGUAUUUGUAAAGAGAUGUUCUAUAUUUUGUAAUUAUUGUACCGUAAUUGCACUGCAGCAAUAUUUAUGGACCCUAAUUAUUGUAACUCUCCACAGAAUUCUAGAUAGAAGUAUUUUUACUUGGAAUAUAUAGAUCUAUAGCAUAAAUAUUUAAAUAGAGCCACCUCUCAGUGUAAAUCUCUUUUUGGGAUAAAGUGUCAAGUUUGAACUUGGCAACAGAACAGAUUUUUUUUUUUUUUAAAUAAUUGAGUCAAAUGAAUCUCUUUGCAUAAGGGAUGCACAGUUGACUAUUUAGAGUCUUAUACUUGGAAAGGUAAAAGAUUUAAAGUUAUUUAUACUUUUUUGACUGAAAAACAAGCUCUAAUUUUAUUUUUGUAUUAAUCCCAUGCUAAAAAUAAAUAUUCAAAUCAUUAAAAUAUUGGCAAGUUCAUGCCAGGGUAUUACCGGUCAUGAGACAAUUAGUUUUGACAAAGUAUAUUACCUGUAUACCCUACUUUGAUAGGAAGCAUCUUGGGCAGAAAAUGUUUCAUAGGUAAAAUGAAAAUGCUUUACUUCAGUACUACUUACUCUGCUUGGAAAGAAAUAUGAUAAAAUUAUUCUUCACAGAACCAAAACCCGUGAUAUAAGAAGUGUAUUAUUUUAUUGCCUCUACGUUUCUGUUGUUCUAUGUGUACUAUUUCAAAGAUUUAUUUUUAUGCAAUCAAGAGAGGGCUUAGAUAUUGUUCACAAUGCAGUAAAACCCCAAAAUGACUUUGAGGCUGAAAUGACCUUGGAGGAAAUCAAAAAACACUGAAAGCUCCUGUCUAUUUUGUUAGCACUGCAUAACAAUGACUUGUUCUAACAAGUUCUCUUAUCAGGUUUUACCUGUAGUUCAUAUGCUAGAUAGCAAUCCAGUUCACAUUUUUACAAAUGUGAUGUUUAAAACAUGUCAAUAAAAAUUUUGUACAUAAUGACAAUUUCCUAUGAAUAGCUUACAGACUUCCUCUGAAAUCAUUCUUAUUUCAAAUGCCAGGAUAAGAACUUAAAGGUUUGUAAAUUAUUUCUUGACCUACAUCAUUUUGUAUUCAAACAAAUGCAAAAUGUUCUUCAAAAUAAAACUGUGUAAUAAUUUUAUUAUA